CAGCUCUCCUGCCGGAGGAGCGCACACAGAAAAGCGCAAUCCGAUGGAGCGUAGGCGGUUUACCUCACACACCUAAACACGCGUAAACAUACGCACUCACUUCUCCUCAAACACUUAAACCAGUCUCCAAAGGAGGUUUUUUUUUUUUUACCCAAAGAGAAUAAAAAAAAUCUAAGGACAGGAUGGAUUCUGCACAGCUGCUCCUUCUGGUGUUGUGCGGAUACCUGCCAAAAGUGCUGUCAGUGCAGAUGUGCGACGUGGUGAACGAGAUCCAGCUGGAGAAAGAGCGCUGUGAAAAUAGCACCUCUGGGAACAUCACUUCAGGGUGCCAAGGCAUGUGGGACAUCAUCGCCUGCUGGCCUUCAGCUCGGGUCGGAGAGGUGGUUACAAUAACCUGCCCGCCUUAUUUCAGCUACUUCAGUGACCAUCAGAAAGGUAACCUUUCGAAAACCUGUACAGAAGAUGGCUGGACCGAGAUGCAUCCUAUUGACAUUGCUGUGAGCUGUGGAUACAAUCUCAACAGCACUAGCGAUGAUGGAAAGUUUUUUUGGCAAGUGAAGAUCGGCUACACCAUCGGCCACAGCGUCUCGCUCGUCUCGCUUACUACCGCUAUUGUGAUCCUCUGCAUCUUCAGGAAACUCCACUGCACAAGGAACUACAUCCACAUGCAUCUAUUUGUUUCAUUUAUCCUGAAGGCCAUCGCUGUCUUCAUCAAAGAUGUGGUUCUCUACGAGGUCGGGGAGGUGGACAACUGCUCCUCGGGCUCUGUUGGCUGCAAAGCAGUGAUUGUGUUUUUCCAGUACUGUAUAAUGGCCAGUUUCUUCUGGCUGCUGGUGGAAGGCCUUUAUCUGCAUGCAUUGUUGGCCGUUUCCUUCUUCUCCGAGAGGAAGUACUUCUGGGCUUAUAUUCUGAUCGGCUGGGGCGGUCCAGCAAUUUUCAUCACAGCUUGGAGCAUCGCUAAAGCCAACUAUAAUGAUGUGGGGUGCUGGGAUAUAAUAGAAAACACCGAUGUGUUCUGGUGGAUCAUUAAAACUCCUAUUUUGGCAUCAAUUCUGAUGAACUUUAUUCUUUUCAUCUGCAUCAUUCGGAUACUUCGCCAGAAGAUAAACUGCCCCGAUAUUGGAAGAAACGACUCCAACCAGUACUCGCGACUGGCAAAGUCAACGCUGCUUUUGAUUCCGCUGUUUGGGAUCAAUUAUAUAGUGUUUGCAUUUAUCCCCGAGCAAGUGAAGACUGAGCUGCGGCUGGUUUUUGACUUGAUUCUGGGAUCAUUUCAGGGCUUUGUGGUCGCAGUCCUUUACUGCUUCCUGAACGGAGAGGUCCAAGGAGAGAUCAAGAGGAAGUGGAGGAGGUGGCACCUGCAGAGAUACAUGGGCUCAGACACCAAAUACCAGCACCCGUCUAUUGGCAGCAGCAACAACUUCAACACCCAGAUCACCAUGUUGACACGGUGCAGCCCGAAAACUCGCCGGGCUUCAUUAUCCUGUCACGAUGACUUGUCUAGCAUCUGAGUCACAGUGACACAGACACACAAAAUGCUGUACAAAAUGCUCUCAUGCCAAACAUUAGGCAGAACGUCGCAGCAUAUAUAAGCUUUACCAUAAGUACUCUUGGGUCAUGUGUGUGGUGCAGAAGAUGGAAAGUGAUGAAAGGAUUGGAAAAAGAGAUAUAAGGACACGAUGUGACCAUAAUCAGCUUUGACGCAGUUUGUAACUGUUCCAAAAAAUACAUUUAAAUGAGAAGGUAAGUUGCACAUUGCUUAACAAACAAAGCGUUUGUGGAGAGAGUCAUUUUUGCGCAGGUCACCUGUACAGGUGAAUUCAAGUCAUAUCACUACAGCUCUUAUAUUUUAAAUAUCCUGUGUGCUUAGGUGAGUGGGCUGGUGUAACUCUGAGCCUUGUGCACUCCUGCAGCUCCAAAUAGUCAAGUUUUGCGCUAAAGCUUUGGAAGAAAUUGAGGUGAUGUAUUUUUCUAACAGCAGCAUCACAGGCUAACAAAGGUACUAUACCAGAACUGGACUGUGAGGGUGUGUUUGAGUGCUGAAUGUAAAUAGUGCUGGAAAAUUUGCUUUAAAACAUACUUUAGAGUAUCCAGAAUAAGCAUAAUACUACACUUCCCCCCCCCCCUUUGCUGUGUAGGAAGACAGAAAAAAAGACAGGCUUACAGAGCAGGAAACUUUAUUUCCAUAAAUGCCAAACAGAUUAGGCUUCAGACCAAGUGAUGCUGAUUCACAAUGAUGGGUUUGGAGCACAAAUGCCCUUCUCUGCACUAUCAUGCUCAUGAGAGACCGGUUGCCCUUUGCCUUCUUUUAUCAACACAGCCUUCCCUCUUGGCGUGUGCGAUUCUGAGCCUAUGAUUAGGUAGAUAUUUUUCAUUAUUUAGGGCACUGUGGCGGUUUUGUGUCGAUCACUGACGAGUGCCUGGGUUUGGUGUGUUGAACCGACUUCUGCGGUCUAGUCUUUGCUGGCUGUUGGGCAGUACAGCAGCUCUGAAGAGGAGAUGUCCAUAUGCAGCUCAUUCCUUGAAUGUUUACAUUUACUUGGGAAGAGUUAUAAAAAUGAUGCACAGUCAAGUGUGCAGUGUAAAUAAACUUGGAAUGCUUGUGCCAUACACAUCACAUUGUGGUUAUAAUAAUAGUAGUGAAUCACUAAGUGUCGUUUUUUCAAAUUAAAGCAUGACAGGAUUCAGAAUCUUCUGAAUCUCCAUUAUGCAUAAUAUUUUUUGAAUUCUUCAGGUUCAGACUUACUUCUCCAUCGGAGGAGUCUGAACUUGACAAGUCAGCAGAGAAUGUUAGAUCCUGUAUGCAAAGCAAAGUGACAAGGAUGACUGGCCCUGUCACAAUGAUGCUGUCUUUGUGCUUUUGAGCUCGCGUAGGUUUGAAAGUAAGGCUUGUUCAUUCUAGAGGGAACAACGGGGGAAUCCAGCUUUACACGGGAGGAAGGAAAUCAUCUCAACCCACCAGUGAUUUAAAGGUUUAGAUCAUCAGUAAGUUUAAGAAUAAAAAAAAAAUCUAAUGUGGUAAUAUGUGUCAAGGAAAUAUUGAAUAUCAAUAUAUCGCCUUCAGAUUGCUGAAAGUAAUAAUUAUACUUUUAGAGAAAAGGAAAAAGAUUGGAACCGCUUUCAUAUUGUGGUCAGAAGUUUACAUACACUCAUCGUGCUAAUUUUGGCCUAUUAAUGACGUCUUUGAACCGUUCUCUUUCCAAGGUGGAAUGAUUGAACAGCAUACAUUUAUAUUUAAUUAAAAAUAACUGGGUAAUGGUCCCAUGCAAAAUAACAUUCAAAAGUAUCCAUGCAGGCUCAAAUAUAUGCGUAAGCUGAACACUGGCAAAAAACAGCCCCAGAGCAUGAUGCUACCACCAUUGACAUCACUUGACAGUUUGCACAGCAGUCUUAGUUUUUCACCUUUACUCCUGCAAACGUAAUUCUUGCCUUUGUCAACUCAAUCUUUGCGUUUGUCUAAAACCUUUCUCCUUCAAACUCGACUGAAAUGUGCAGUUGCAAAUUUGAGUUUGAAGGUGUCGAUUUUGGAGCAGCGACUUCUUUCUUGAUCAGCACUUCACUGUGGACAGUGACACUUAAUCCUUGGCGGUUCCUGCCUUGUUCCUGAACAUCUAAGGGUGACAUUUUCGGUCUUCUUCUAGACCUUGGCAAAGUGGUAACAGAACUAUUACUUAUGUACAAUUGUUUGAACGAUUUUCCUGGAAUCUGCAGUAUCUGCAGUAGAAAUGGCUCCAAGAGAUCCAACUGGAACCUACCACGUGUAGUCAAUCAUGAUCAGUAACAAGAAGAAUAAUGGGCCUUGACCUUGUCAAAUUAAAAGACAUCGUGAAACUUCAGCACUGUAUUUAUACUGUUGACCCUCUUGGGGUUUCCUACAAUUGAUGGUAAAUUCAAAGUUGUGCACCCAAUUCAGUUUUUAAAUGUGUACUUUUAAAAAUGGAUGCUGUACAAUCUUUCCAUCCAACAUUUCAAAAAUUGCAAUCACACUCAUAUCAAAAGAACCAGUAAGUUACUGUACACAGAAAACAUUCAUUACUUCAUUAAUUCUUGGUCUACUCACCUUCCAAGGGACAAUUUCAAACAACCAGCCCAAUUGUCUAGCAUUACUUUUCAUUUUAAUGGGAAGUAAUCAUUGCAGGUUGGAAUAGGUAGGUCAGUUCUCGACCAUUAUUCUCUACAAGUGCAUUCAUUAGUAUUUCUGGGAUGUUGUGGCAUGUCCAUGUUCUGAUUAUGCCACAGCAGUUCAGCGGGGUUAAGGUCAGGACUUUAGCAAAACAUGAAUUUAUUGCUGAUUUACUUUCUGUGCUUUGGGUCAUGGUCUUGGUGCAUUAAUCAUUCACUUUAAGCUUCAUGUCAUGUGCUCUGCUACCCAGACAUGAUCCAAAUUUAAACUAAUAAUUUCCUCAAUGAUUGUUGGGAGUCAGAUUUUGUUUCACACGUCUAGAGGAGAUUGUCUCUGUUUAGAAUAAUGUUUUCCUCCAUAUUGUCCUUCUAUUAACCCCAUUCUUGUUCAGUGUUCGUAGUGGACAAGGUCUUAACAAGUUACAGGUGUUUUGUUCUCUCUCUUUCACCUCCUUUAAGAUUGAAUAAAAUGUUCAGGACACCCACAGAGAAUAUCAGCAGUUCUUUAGUUUGUAAAAAAAAUUUGUCUUAUUGUGCAUUUCUGAACACCAAGGUUGUUUGAAAUGCUUUAGUAGUGAUUUUCUGCUUCAGGCAUCUCUAUAACGAUUCUUGUCUUUGUGGUCUCCUGAAGAUGUUUGCGAUCAAAGCACGGAUCACACCAGCCAAUCUCUUUUGAGAAAAGUCAGGCUAUUUUUCACUGCACUUAUAGCCUCCUUGAUUGAAACACCUGAUUCCAGAUAGAGUUUUGGUAGAGUUAUUAUCACAGUGUGUGUUUGUGUUCAAUCAAGGACAUACAAAGAGUUAUAUAAAGUACUGCUGAUUUUGUAUUAUUACACCACUCAGAAAAUUUAAGGGAACACUUGAUCAACACAGUGUAACACAAAGACAGUUAAACUAUUAUGACACAUUCUGUCCAUUCAGGUUUCACAGGAAGUCCAGCUCCUCCAGGGUGGCACGUCCUAACAAACUGUCAGAGCUGGACUCUGUGAGGGUGGCUAACCUUAGUAAUAAUAAUAAUAAUAAACUUUAUUUAUAGACGCGUUUAAAGACCCUCAAGGUCACCUUACAAAAAAAUAAAAACAUAAGGUAAAUGAAAAAUAAAAAACACGUAUAAAAGUAUAAAAGCAAGUAUAAAAGCUAAACAAGGACAAAAUAGACUAAGAUGGAAUCAUGAUGAAGGAUAUGCAAUUUUGAAUAGAUGGGUUUUAAGACGGGAUUUAAAAGUGGAGAGAGAGUUUGUCGUCCGGAGAUCUGGUGGAAGUGUAUUCCAAAGUCUCGCUGCAGAACAACUAAAGGCUCUGAGUCCCAUAGUCAACCUUACAACAGCAUGUAUGGAUGUGCCACCCCAGGUGAGCUGGAAUGGGGUGCAGGUGAUAACUCUUGUAAUGAGCAGGGGUAUUUGGGAGGGUGGGGGUUGUCCCGUUCUUGUCUUUCACCUGUUGUAACUGUGCAAAUUCACAGUUUUAUAUUUCCUAACUGGAUAGAUUAGUGUCCCUGAAGUUUAACUUUUUUAUUUUUUAUUUAUUUUUUUUAACAGUGUAAUUUAGUUAGACUGCGUUUUUAGUUCUGAGUUACAUGAUGACCAGAUCACAUAAUGCAUGAACCCUAGGAAUUCCAAAUAGUUCACAAACAUUACUGACUCUAGCUUCAUAUUUAGUGUGCACACAUGAGUCAAUUUAAGUCGCAGCAUUAAGGCAAAUAGACACAUUUGCCAAAAAGCACCAAAUCACAACAACAGUCACCUCAAGUUGCCUGAUAUUGCAACUUAUAGACCAUGCAGAGAAAUCCCCAACAAUCAAGCGACUGCCUACGAGUGACCAUUUGGCGACAGUGGGAAGAAAAAAAACCCUGUUAACAGGAAGAAACCUCCGACAGAACCACACUUGGGGAGGGCCAGCCAGGACAAAAGGCACAUUGCGGAAGAGAAUCAGAGAUUAAAAUGUCAUUUUUCAUGUUGCUUAUAAGUGUGUGCUUAAAUACUCCUACAUUUUUUGCGUCUGUCUUUUGUCGUCAGUAACUUUAGUGUAAUUUUGUGAAUUUUCCAGUAUACCUCUUAAAAUGGUGAAUGUAAAUAGAUGUGUACAAAGUGGGAAAGCAAUUAUAUUAGACAGUGUUUCUCAAAUUCAGUCACAUAUGUCUCUUGGGUUGAUUGUUUUGGUUACCAAACAUUAAAAAGGGAUAAUAUAUAUAUAUAAGAGUGCACUUAGAGUAACUAUGUGCAAUGUAAAUCUGAUUUUUUGUUAACUGGAUAAUGCGUUGUGCAUAUCUGGGUUUAAGAUCAUUUGUUUGGUUUGCUGUUGUGCAGUUUGUGUAAGACUGGUGUAAAGCAUUACAUUGUAAAUCUGCAGUUGUACAAUUUGCUCACAUCUGUGUACACAUAAAGCCAUGCUUUCCUUUUAAAAACUGCUUAAUGUGCUAAUUAAUUUUGCCAUUUUAAUGUGUAACUUUAAAGGUGUUAUAUCAGCAAAAAACUUACAUUACCAAAAAACCUUUCUCCUCGUGUAUUGUAUGAAAUAAAUUAUUCAGAAACACACGA